AUGAGUGAAAUUUAUGAAGCAAUUAAGGAACCAUCAGCAAAUAAAGUGUUGGCAACAUUUUAUAUAGAAGCGCAGUGUGGUGAUACGACGAGAUUUGUUCAUGACCAGUUAUGGCCAUCAUGGCAGAAGUUGUACGAUACGAAUCAGAUCAUCUGGAGGGUUGUUCCGUUCGGAAAAGCGCAAUGUUAUAGUCAACCUGACAAUGAUUACAAGUGUGAAUGUCAGCACGGUGAAGAUGAAUGUGAAUUGAAUCAAUUGAUGAACUGUGUUAUAAAGCAUGUUCGACGUAUUGAUCAUUUAUUGGAUUGUGCGAGUGGAAAGGAGGGUCGGAGGUUAUUAUCAGAAGCGGGUGAAUUGACGAAACAGAUCGACUUGACGUUCGUGCCGUGGAUUGAGCUGAACGGCAAACGGUCCGUGGAUGCCAUGUACGCAUUACACGAGAAUCUGUGCAAUUUGAUGCCAAAUAAACCGAAACAGUGUUUUAACAAUUGA